AUGAAGUAAAAAAAGCAAAGAAAUUUAGAGUAAAAAAGAAAUCCAUUGCUUAAUGAAGCUAUUAGGUAAAAGAGCUAUUAAUACAUUUCUAAAUUUCAAUAGCAAGGAAAUGCUUUGGUUGAGCGAAUAUCUAAAUAAGAUUAACUUGACUUAAUGAUGACAAUUUUGGAUAAGGAGUGUGAAGAAAGAAGUAAUUUAGAAGUCCACAUUCUUACUCAUAUUGUUUCAGAUAUCAGAUUUUUUAGGGAUAUUAAGUCAUCAGCAACUGAUGCAGAUGAAACAUGCUUUAAGCUUUGCAAAUAUAUGCAAGGAUUCUUCCUUUCAAAAGACUAAGUUUUAUUUAACUAAGGAGACAGGGGAGAUACAUUCUGGAUUAUAAUAAAGGGAGAGGUUAGAAUUUACAAAUCAUCAUAUCAAAAAGUGGAAGAACAGCAGAGCAAUGAUUAAGAAAACUCUUAAAAAUAAGCUGGAAAACAGUAAGAAAAUGCGAAUGAAGAAAUGUAGCUACAAGAAAUUGAGCUAGUCAGACUAGGUUAGGGUAACUGCUUUGGUGAAUUUGCCUUAGAUCCAAAUAAAAGUAAUAGAAGACAAGCAAGUGUUUAAACUACAGUGGAUACAUUCUUUGGCUUUAUAAAAGGAGACAAAAUUAUAGAUAUAUUAGAAAAAAUAAAAAAUAGUGCUUCUUUCAUUGAAAGUUUCUCUAAAAUGAGUAUUCUAUCAGGAUAUCCUUAUGAAGUGAUAAAACAAUUCUAUGAUAUUAGUGAUGAAUAAAAAGUUGAGAAAAAUUCUAUUAUUUACGACGUCGGCGACAUACCUGACAACUUUUAUUUUAUUAAAGAAGGAGAAUUCUCUAUUUACAUUGAAAAAAGCUUCAAUAACUAAUUCAAAGAAGUUAAGAAAUAGUCUCAAAGUAAGUUUUUCCAUUUCUUUUUUUCUAAAAAUCAAGACAAAGUUUGCUUGAUCAAAAAUGUAUUAAAUAAAGUGACCUUAAUUGAUAAAAAUAACUUCACUUAAUCUUAAAAUUUGAAUAUUUUAGUUUAAAAAAAGCAACUAACUUUUAAAAGUUAGAAUUUCCUCUGA